ACUGCUUGCUUGAUAUUGCCCUAACAACUUUUUCAUGAAUCAAUUUUGAGCAUUAUGUUUACAACGUAGUUAUUAUAGCACGAAAUAUGAGUCUAAAAUGCCAAAUACUUGCAACUAUUAUGUUAAUCACUGAAAUCUUAGUGUACUAAUUGCUCGCUAUAAGCUAGGUUAUUGCGCCCCUAAACCAACGUACUGACAACGCUACCUCCCCGGGACUCAAACUCUAACAAUGAAUAAUGAUUGGUAGCAUUCUUUUGCGGCCUCUCCUGCAGGCUUCAAAAUGGAUGGCCGCUUCCAGAAACACGAGCAGAGUUAUCAGGCACAGACACUCAAACCCUCGUCGUUCAUUUAUGUACGUUCCUGCUUGUCAGGACAAGAUGAUUAGAAAGGCUGCAGCCAUGGACGUUGACUGUAUUGUGAUGGACUGCGAGGAUGCUGUAGCACUGAAUAGAAAGGAAGAGGCCAGAUCUCUUGCAGCCAAGGCAUUGGAUGAGUUUGAUUUUGGGCGGUCUGAAUUCUCUGUUCGUGUGAAUUCUAUUGGAAGUGGGUUGGCAGAGGCAGACCUUGAUACCGUCCUUCACGCAAAGAGGUUACCUAACAUGAUAAACCUUCCAAAGGUCCAGAAGGAAGAAGAUGUGAUGUGGCUUUCAGAUCAGCUUAAAAAGAGACUUGGGCAGCACCAGCUCUCGAAGAAGGUGUCUCUAACCCUCACGAUUGAGAGUCCUCUUGGUUUAGUGAACAUGAAAGACAUCUGUAAAAAGGGUCUAGAAUUGAGUGAGAAUGCUCCCUUCCAACUUGAGGGGGUUAUUUUUGGUUAUGACGACUUCUCAGCUGAAGUAGGUGUUGAGAGAACCCUCGAAGUGUCUGAAUCAUUGGUAGCCCGCCAGAUGAUGGUGAUCAUCGCCAAAGCAUACGGUCUCCAGACAAUAGAUGUGGUCUUCACAGAAUUCAAAGAUCUUAUGGGAUUAAGGAAACAGUGCGUGGAGGCGGCCAAGAUGGGCUACACUGGGAAGCAAGUGAUUCAUCCAUCUCAGGUUUCAGUGGUUCAAGAAUGCUUCUCGCCAAGCAAAGAACGGGUCCAGUGGGCCACCAAACUGAUGGCAGCCUUUCAGGAACAUCAACAAUCUGGAAAGGGUGCAUUCACAUUUCAAGGAAAAAUGGUCGACAUGCCAGUUUUUCUCCAAGCUCAGAGCAUUGUGCAACUGAAGGAAUUCAUCGAGGGAAAAACGUGAGGCUAUAUAUGUGCUAGAGGAUUUCUUAAAUAGUGCGCUUCUAAGGCUUAUCGUGUGGUACUACUUGUAAAGAACAGCUGGUGGUAGCUAUAUUUUCCAGCGUUAGUUAGGCUUGUGUCGUUAACGUGAACCGAGACGUAAUACAUGUUAUUGAUUUCUAUAAAGGCUUUUUACAGA